UCAGCUGACGGCUCGCCGCCGGUGACCAGUUCUGGCAGGCAUCGGGAAGCAAUGGUGGGGGCACAGCCGAGCAGACCCCGGGGACCGCUGAGCUGCUGGGCGCGCCGUUGGGGUCAGGUGCUCGCAGCGAUCUUCCUGCUGCUGGUGGCGGUGGCGGGGUCCGAGGCCAGGGUGGAAGAUGACUUCAGUCUGGUGCAGCCGCUGGUGACCAUGGAGCAGCUGCUGUGGGUGAGCGGGAAGCAGAUCGGCUCGGUGGACACUUUCCGCAUCCCGCUCAUCACCGCCACCCCUCGGGGCACGCUGCUCGCCUUCGCCGAGGCCAGGAAAAAGUCUGCGUCCGACGAGGGGGCCAAGUUCAUCGCCAUGAGGAGGUCCACGGACCAGGGUAGCACAUGGUCCUCUACAGCCUUCAUUGUAGACGACGGGGAGGUCUCGGAUGGGCUGAACCUGGGGGCCGUGGUCAACGAUGUGCACACAGGAGUAGUGUUCCUUAUCUAUACCCUCUGUGCCCACAAGGUCAACUGCCAGGUGGCCUCCACCAUGCUGGUGUGGAGUAAGGAUGACGGCGUUUCCUGGAGCCCACCCCGGAACCUCUCCGAGGAUAUUGGCACAGAGAUGUUUGCCCCUGGACCAGGCUCUGGCAUUCAGAAACAGCGGGAGCCUCACAAGGGCCGGCUCAUCGUGUGUGGACACGGGACGCUGGAGCGAGAUGGCGUCUUCUGCCUCCUCAGUGAUGAUCACGGUGCCUCCUGGCACUACGGGACCGGAGUGAGCGGCAUCCCCUUCGGCCAGCCCAAACACGAGCACGAUUUCAACCCCGACGAAUGCCAGCCCUACGAGCUUCCAGACGGCUCCGUCAUCAUCAAUGCCCGGAACCAGAACAACUACCACUGCCGCUGCAGGAUUGUGCUCCGCAGCUACGAUGCCUGUGAUACCAUUAGGCCCCGGGACGUGACCUUCGACCCCGAGCUGGUGGACCCAGUGGUGGCUGCAGGAGCAGUAGCCACCAGCUCAGGCAUUGUCUUCUUCUCCAAUCCAGCCCAUCCUGAGUUCCGGGUGAACCUGACCCUGCGCUGGAGCUUCAGCAAUGGGACGUCCUGGCAAAAGGAGAGAGUCCAGGUGUGGCCAGGGCCCAGCGGCUACUCGUCCCUGACAACGCUGGAAAACAGCAAGGACGGAGAGCAGCAACCCCCGCAGCUGUUCGUUCUGUACGAGAAAGGCCUGAACCGGUACACCGAGAGCAUCUCCAUGGUCAAAGUCAGCGUCUACGGGACGCUCUGAGCCCUGCACCUCAGGGCGCCAAGUCCUGGACUCCAACCUCACGACCUCACGGCUCUCCCUUCGGGGGUCUGCAGAGGGGGCCUGAAACACAGCUCUUCCACCGAACUCUAGCCUUUUGCAGAAGCAACUUCUCUUUGACAGGGAAGUCACUCGGUUAUGACAUAACGGCCCAGCUUCCUCUCCCCCAGGCAGGAAGUCCCUCCAGGACAAGGCAGCUGUUCCUUUCAGGGACAGCAUGGGUACGGGGGUGUUCCCUGGAGUGAUGACCGAAUAUGAACCCUGGGAACUGGGAAGGCCAGCGUGGAAGCAGGUACGAGACCUGAAGAGGAUUC